UAAAGGAGAAGAGUAAAAUGGGUCAAAAUUUGAGCUGUGGAACAAGUGAUGAACAUGGGUUAUUUAGUGCAGUUCAGUGUGGGGAUGUGGAGACAUUACAGUUUGUUUUAGAAAAAAACCCAUCUUUAAUUCAUCAUUCUACUGUAUAUGAUCGACAAUCUCCUCUUCAUAUUGCUGCUGCUAAUGGCCAGAUCGAGGUUGUGUGUAUGCUCUUAAAUCAAUCUGUCAACCCGGAUUUGUUGAAUCGCUAUAAACAGACUCCAUUGAUGUUAGCAGCAAUGCAUGGGAAGAUCUCUUGUGUUGAAAAGCUUAUUGAAGCAGGAGCUAAUAUUUUGAAGUUUGAUUCGCUUAAUGGAAGGACAUGUUUGCAUUAUGCUGCAUAUUAUGGCCACUUUGAAUCUCUUAAAGCAAUUCUAUCCACAGCUCGCACAUCACAUGUUGCAGCAUCUUGGGGAUAUGCCCGUUUUGUGAAUGUUAGAGAUGGAAAAGGAGCAACACCUUUGCACUUAGCAGCCCGUCAAAGACGGCCUGAAUGUGUUCACAUUUUACUCGACAAUGGCGCUUUGGUUUGCGCUUCAACCGGUGGAUAUGGAUUUCCUGGUAGUACACCACUUCAUUUGGCUGCAAGAGGUGGUUCUCUUGAUUGCAUCCGCGAAUUGUUGGCCUGGGGAGCAGAUCGACUACAUAGAGAUGCCUCCGGGAGAAUACCAUACAUGGUUGCUUUAAGGUACCACCACGGUGCAUGUGCGGCUUUGUUGAAUCCUUCGUCAGCAGAGCCACUUGUGUGGCCAUCGCCGUUGAAGUUCAUCAGUCAGCUAAAUGAUGAGGCGAAAGCUUUACUAGAACGUGCCUUAAUGGAAGCUAAUAAGGAGAGGGAAAAGAAUAUCCUAAAGGGGACGGAUUACUGUCUGUCUUCCCCGGCCCAAUCUGAUGCAGGGAUAGAUGACAACAUCUCUGAGGUCAGUGAUACGGAAGUAUGUUGUAUAUGUUUUGAUCAAUUAUGCACGAUUGAGGUCCAGGACUGUGGGCACCAGAUGUGUGCACAUUGUGUGCUAGCCUUAUGCUGCCAUAACAAGCCAAAUCCGACCACGACUAGUCCACCAGAACCCGUGUGCCCGUUCUGCAGAAGCAACAUUGUACAGUUAAAUGUUAUCAAGGUCACAACGGAUGACGAAACAGACCGUGAUCUCCACUCUUCAAAGCUUCGAAAGUCCAGGAAAUCACGAAACUUCAGCGAGGGCAGCAGUAGUUUUAAGGGGUUAUCAGCAGUAAGUUCUUUCGGAAAAAUGACUGGCCGUGGCUCGGGUAGGAUUGCUGCUGAUAACGAAUGGAUUGACAAGCCAUUAAGCCUCGAUUGAUAGCAAAGUUUCCGACUUGGUGGGGUCAUGCUUCUCAAAUGGUAUAUAUAGAUAGAUCUUUCUCUUUCCCUAUGUUUUGUAGAUUUGGGAAAUAAGCAAAGUUAAAAUGAUUUGCAGGAUUGGGUAGAUGAGUACUAUAUUAUUUUGUGUGGGUCACAAAAAAAGAGCAUUGCUGUAAAAUCUUGUUUACUUGUUCUUGAAAAAAGGGUGGUGGUUCUUAUUAGGGCCUAUUAGUAGUAGUCACUUUGGAAUAGAUAAAAUUCUUUGCAAUUUUACCCCCUUUUUUUCUUUUGUGUUUUACCUUAUUGGGUGAAAACACAACAUUCUUCCAUUGUCUCCCACCAUGGUGAAGAUUACAGUAUGAUGAAAAAGCAUCGGGAAAGAGUCAAAAUGAAAGCAAGUGAUGAGGAAAGAAGACCCCACCUUACCCUAUCUCUUUCUUUAAAUUAAAGCAGCGUCAAGGUGUGAAAUGAGCUACUGUAUUGUUGUUUAUGAGGAAUAAAGGUGUGAAAUGAACUACAUUUGUAUUCAAUUAUUUUAUUGAGAAGAUUGUAUUGUAUAAUAAUAUAUGAUAAGUUGCAACUUGCAAGGACGAAAA